GCAGCAAUGGCACUCCAAGCUGAGUGUUGGUGGCGGCGGCUUGCAUGUCAGCGGAGGAAAGGGGAGGAGCAGAAGGGUUGGAUUUUGUGCGAGCUAGACGCAGGGCAGCCCAAGUUCCCGCUCAGGACUUCAUACAGGGAGUGAAGGGUCGGUUCCCCGCUGGUGAGGGCGCCGAAUAAAAGAUCCGACCGAGGCUGCUUGAGAAGGGCCUCAUGCGCGCUGCUUUUGGCUCAGACGGCCGGCUGCGUUCCCUCGUCCUGCCGAAAGACUCGGGAUGGAGCGUGUUGCCUUGCGGUUGGUCCAACUUUUCCUCUUUGCGCUAGGGGCUAAUAACCUAAUGACAAUUGGAUUAGCAGGUGCACAACAGCGGUUCAUCUGCAAUGAAUCCCUCAUGUUACAGAACUUGCCAGUGUGUGGAAAAUCCUUUGAAGAGAUGAUGCACAAAGUGGACUCUAAGAAAUGGUGCAAUCUGACAGAAUUUAUACUGUAUUACAACAACUUUAUUCUAUGUACCGAACACAAGGCUUUAACAGCAAAGUGCUUUUGGCCUAACCCAUUGGCUGAAGGCUUCAUCACUGGAAUCCACAGACAAUUCUUUACAAACUGUACUUCAGAUAAAGUGCAUUGGGAAGAUCCUCCAGAUAAAAUUCUGGUUCCUCUGAUUUUCGUACCAAUUCUUCUGACGAUUGCCAUGGUUGGUAUAGUGGUAUGGUGCAGCAAAAGAAGUGACAUUUUGGUGUAACUUGGCAUUCAUCACCAUGCUGUUCUUUCUUUUACUGAGAAUGGCUGACAGAAAUAUGUAUAUCAAUAUGUAUACCCAUACAUAUAGAGUCAACUUUGACAAGCAAUAAAGGGCAACAUUUUUCUGUAGCCACAUAUACCUACUUGUACUUCUCCAGCAGUACAAACAUUGUUCUGAUAAAGGACAUAAUGGUGGAUGACCACAGUUCUGUAAUGGCAAGAAUUGAAACCAAUAUGUAAAUGUGCUAUCUACAAUGGAAGUUUGGGGCUUUUAAACUCAAGAAUGAAUCUCAGCUGUUCAACUCUUUUUUUUUUUUUAAACAUGAUACUAUAUGUGGACUGCAGAUCUGAAAUGUAUACACAUGUAUGCUGAUCAUAUUUACUGUAGGGGCUGUUUUGGAAUUAACUGUGAAAAUUAGGGGUAUUUAAGUAUGAACUUUGUGACUUAAGCAGACCAUCCUUGCCAAAGAUAUAUAACAUGCAUACACAUGUGCAGCAAAAGAAAAUUAAACACUGUGAGUAACUGUUGAUGAGAGAAUUGUAAUGAUUAUGUUGGCUUUUCUACAUAUAAGUAAACAAGAAAAAUGUCCUUGAAAGGUCACAUCUUGAAGCUGAAAGCAUCUACAGAAUGAUCUCCUGAAAGGAUAUGGUUUUCUUUUGCAAAGCUGCAAAGAGAAUGAAAGGAAAUUAGUCAACCAGAAAUUUAUUAAAGUGUCAAGGGAAC